UUUGUCUUUAAAAAACCAUCUACUAAACCCCAAAAAUACACAAUUCUCAACAAAAAAAAAAAAUUGUUCACAUCCUCCUCCAUUCUCUCAUUUCCAAUCUCUUUUUCAUCUAUUUUUUCCCAUUUUUUUUUUAAUUCUUGAGAAACAACAGUAGCAUUUCUCCACCACUACCAAUUGGCCGGAAGGAAAAUCGUGCGACGAGUUUAAAUUUUGAAUUCGUCUCUGACUUCAAAACAUGUCGUCAGACUCAUGUGUUUGUCAUUGUGUGAAAUUAAUAGUGAGUUUAGGCAUUGUAGCUCUGGUUCUCUGGUUAAGUUUUCGUACCACGAAACCUAAAUGUUCCAUCAAUGAUUUUUACGUGCCAGGUCUUGACAAAUCAGUCAACUCCAACAACAACAACAACGCGACAAGACGCAACAACAAUCUAUCAUUUCAACUCAAUCUGAAGAAUGAAAUGAAGGACAAAGCUGUUCGUUACGAUGAUAUUACACUUAAGUUUUACUAUGGUACAAAUACAAGUUACCCUAUUGGUAAUUUUACAGUUGAUGGAUUUAAACAAGGGAAAGAUAAAGAACUAUUUAAAAGUGGGAUGAUUGAAACUCAUAAUAUGCCAUGGAAUGCUGCACUUAAAGCUGUUACAAAUGGAUCUAAGGCGAUUUUUCGAGUCGAUGUGAGUAGCAGAAUAAGGUACAAGAUUACAUUUUGGUAUACUAAGAGACAUAAUUAUUUUGUGGAAAAUAAGAUUGAAGUUGAUGAUACAGGUAGAUCUGGUGCACAAAGAAUGAGUUAUGGUUUUGGGGUUUUUGGACUUACAUUAUUUGUUUUGUCAUUUUUACUUUGAUUUUCCUGUUGUAAUGGACUUGUUUUUUGCUGGUAACAAUGGUCAAUUUUGAAAAGGGGAGCCUUGGCGUAAUUGGUAAAGUUGCUGUCAUAUGACCAGGAGAUCACGGAUUCAAGCCGCGAAAACAGUCUCUUGCAGAAAUGCAGUGUAAAGCUGCGUACAAUAAACUCUUGUGAUCCGCAAUUCCCCCGGAUACGCGUAUAACGAGAGCUUAGUGCACCGAGCUGCCCUUUUUAAUGGUCAAUUUUGAAUUUUCUGUUUGUUUUCAACAAUUUUUUUGAUUGUUUCAUGAUGGAGAAGUAGGUUUUUGGCUAUUUGGAGUACUUUUUGUCAUUCUUAAGGACUUUUUCCUGGAAAUACCAAUGGUUAAUGUUCAUAUUCCUAUCUGUCAACAAUUAUUAUUGGA